AUGACAUCAGAUUUUCUUCUGCCAGAUAACACAUCUGACUCUCCUCAAUAUACUGAACACGCAGGCUCGUUUGUUCAUAGCCAUGGGACAAAGGUUUUUAUCAAGAGUCGACUUGACGGUGUACUUGAUGCCGUAGCACAGGCCCGAUUCAAUGAAAAACGAUGGGUUUGGAUUCCAGAUCCUGAGAUGGGAUAUGCACGGGCCCAUGUUUUGAAUGAAUUAUCAAAACAAGACACAGAAGUCGAAUUAGAAAGUGGCCAGGUAAAGAUUGUACAAACAAAAGAUGUGUUUGCCAUGAACCCUCCUCAAUUCGACAUGGCUGAAGAUAUGGCUGAACUCACUCAACUAAACGAACCUUGUGUUGUUCAUAACUUGACGGUCAGAUUCCGUGCCAAUCAAAUAUAUUCAGGACUCUUCUUGGUGGCUGUCAAUCCAUACCGUCAAUUACCAAUCUAUUCUGAUGAAUGCAUGCAAUCAUACAAGGGUCGUCGGCGUGGCGAAUUAUCACCACAUAUUUAUGCUGUUGCCGAUCAAGCUUACCAUGACAUGCUCCAUGACAAAGAAAACCAAUCUAUUCUCAUCACAGGUGAAUCUGGUGCUGGUAAAACAGAAAAUACAAAGGUCGCAAUCCAAUACUUGACAACCAUGGCAAGCAAAAGAAUCCUGAACAAGAACGGCACAGUUCUGGUCAACCAGUUGGAACAACAGAUCCUUCAGGCCAAUCCUAUUCUGGAAUCCUUUGGAAAUGCACAGACCAUUCGUAAUAACAAUUCAUCUCGUUUUGGAAAGUUUAUCCGAAUCGAAUUCAACAUGCAGGCUCAUAUCUGUGGUGCAAAUAUCGAGUGGUACCUUUUAGAAAAAUCGCGUGUUCAUAGUCAGUCUUCAAAAGAGCGCAAUUAUCACAUAUUUUAUCAGUUACUCAAUGCAGACAAGGCCAUGAAAGAGGAAUUGCUCCUUAAUGAUGAUCAUGCCAGUCAAUAUGGGUUUCUCAAAGACUCUCAGCCUACCAUUGAAGACGUAGAUGAUGCAAAAGAAUAUGAGAACCUGAUCAAUGCAAUGCAUAUUAUGGGACUCAAAAAAGACGAAAUCCGUGACUUCCUACGUAUGGUUGCUGCCGUCCUACACCUUGGAAACAUUGCUCUGACGGCUGACUACAGUGGCGAGCGGGCCGACGUACGAGAUUUUUCUGCCCUGGAACGUACAUGCCACUUACUCGGAAUUCCGGCCCAGGAAUUCAAAAAGAGUCUAUUGACACCUCGCAUCAAAGCCGGUCGAGAUUGGGUCAACCAAGCAAAAUCACCUGCCCAGGUGAUGGCCAGUGUUGAUGCACUGGCAAAGACGAUCUAUGAACGAAACUUUGGAGGUCUGGUUGAUCGGAUCAACCGAGCGAUCGAUUGUCAAAAGACGACGAGCAAGAUGGGAUUUAUAGGUGUUUUGGAUAUUGCUGGGUUUGAGAUAUUUGAAGUCAAUAGCUUUGAACAGUUGUGUAUCAAUUAUACGAACGAGAAACUACAACAGUUCUUUAACCACAACAUGUUUGUACUCGAACAAGAAGAAUACAAAAAAGAACGAAUCGAGUGGUCUUUUAUUGAUUUCGGAUUGGAUCUUCAACCUACCAUUGACCUUAUUGAAAAAACAAAUCCUGUUGGUAUUCUGUCUUGUCUUGAAGAAGAAUGUGUUGCUCCAAGAGGAACAGACAAACGAUUUCUUGAAAAGUUAAAUUCAACCUGGGUCAGUGACGACCCAGAAGGCAAAUACAAGAGCAUCCGGUUCAAAGAAAGCUUUACGGUAAAACACUAUGCUGGUCAGGUCGAAUACUCUACCGCAGGCUGGAUCAACAAGAACAAGGAUCCACUCAACGAAGACAUCACCCGGCUCUUGGCCCGAUCGACCAACAGACACGUGGCGACCUUGUUUGAGGACUACCUCACCGAGACAGAACACCAGAUACCCAACGAGUCUGGCCUGCCGACCUCUUCAUCGACCUUUUCGCUCAUGAAGCUGCGGAAAGGCGGUGGGUCCUUUAGGACGGUUGGCCAGCGGCACAAACAGCAGCUGCUUUCGUUGAUGAACACCCUCUAUCUGACUCACCCCCACUUUGUGCGCUGUAUCUUGCCAAACGGCCGCAAGCACGCAGGCGAGAUCCAGGCACUCCUGGUACUCGAUCAACUGAGAUGCAAUGGUGUGCUCGAAGGAAUUCGGAUCUGUCGAAAGGGGUUUCCCAAUCGACUGGUUUUUGCGGAUUUCAGAAAGCGCUACGAGAUCCUGUGUCCACGCCAGGCAUCGACCAAUUGUUUUGUGGAUGGUCGUAGCGCAUGCCAGACCUUAUUGGAUAGUUUGGCACUAGAUUCAGAAAAGUAUAGAAUAGGCAACACAAAAGUGUUUUUCAAAGCUACAGUGCUUGCUGAACUCGAAGAAAUAAGGGAUCGUAAACUGUCAGAAUACAUCACAAGGUUUCAGGCAGGCUGCCGGCGCUACAUUGCUCGUUAUCAUCUCACACGGGUAUCUCGACAAGCAGAGGCUAUCAAGAUUAUGCAACGUAACGCACGUAUCUAUGUGACCUUGCGCGAAUGGUCUUGGUGGAAAAUAUAUGCAAAACUCAAGCCUCUCAAUGUGGCCUAUCGUGUCGAAAGCCAGAUAAAGGAAAAGGACCAAAGGAUCGCCGACCUCGAGAACUCGAUCGCAGUUCAUCAACAGUCCUACGAAGACCUGCAAGACCAGCAUAGUGCCCUGGUGGCAAAUUACAAGACCUACAAAGAGCUUCUGGCAAAUGAGCAGCGUCUGACAGCCGAGCUCGAGGAAACCAAAAUUGGUCUUUCUGAAAAACUUAGGGACUCCAAAGGCAAGAUUGACCAAAUGCUGGCCGAGAUCAAGCAAAUAAAGGAUCAGGUCGAUGAAAGACAACAAAAGAUUGAUGAGCUUGAAACCAAGGCAUCCAGCGAAUCAGAGCUUCUGGCCGAGACUCAAAAGGUUGCCGAGGACCAUUCACUUGAGCGAGAUAUAUUGGCAGCCGAGUAUGAGGCACUUGAAGAAAAACACAGGCUCUUGGAAAGCCAGCUGGAGGCUGUCGAAACCAAAAGCCAGAACGCUUUGAUGGAGGUCAAUCAGUCGUUUGAUUCUCAGAUACAAGAACGAGACACGAAAAUCAAACAGCUAAAGAGCGAUCUUGAGGCACGUCAGAGGAACGAGAGUUUAUUACAGCAAACCAUAGAAACCAAUAAAAAUCAAUACCAGGAGCUUAUUUCUCAAAAAGAGGUAAAGAAGAUAUAUAUCUAUCUAGAGAGAUUUCUUGAUUAA